CUAAUUUAGUUACAAAAUAAACUCAAACACAUCGAUCGGCAAAUCUUUACGCGCUAAGAAAUACCAAAAUGGCUAGGGUCCAAGGUCUAGUUCUUCUUGGUUUAUUAGUUAUUUCAAGUUUGGUUAUGUUAACCGAGAGCCGAGUCGCACGAAAAGACUUGGGGCUUGACCUAGGUGGGAUUGGAGUAGGUCUGGGCGUUGGAUUGGGGAUUGGUCUUGGCGGCGGAUCGGGCUCGGGUGCUGGUGCAGGCGCAGGUUCUGGUUCAGGUUCCAGAUCAUCAUCUAGCUCAAGCUCUAGCUCGUCAUCAAGUUCGAGUUCUCGUGGUUCCGGUGGAUCAGAAGCCGGUUCAUCUGCUGGUUCAUUUGCCGGAUCCAGAGCUGGAUCCGGAUCUGGUAACUGAUUAUAUAUAAAGUACAAUUUUAAACGUGUGAAACUAAAAGUAUGUUUACGUUGUUGGUUUGUCGUAAUUAAUAUCGUGUGUAAGAAAUUUGAUGAAUAAAUUGUUGCCAAAAGUUAUGUUUU